AUGGCUGAUCAUCCACAAUUGCUAAGUGGUAAAUUUACUCAAAAUUUUACUGCUUCUUCAGCUAAAAGUAUGUGGAAGGAGCUGGAAUCCGAAUUGAAUUCGAUGGCGGGCGCAAAGAAAGAUUGGCAGCAGUGGCGAAAAUCCUGGCAUGACAUGAAGACCAAAGUCAAAUCAAAAAAUGCCAAAAUUAAAAAUCACCGAAGGGGCACUGGUGGUGGAGCACCACUGGGAGAUGUGUUAACAAACUGGGAAGAGAGUAUUUUUAAUUUGAUUCAGUGUUUAAGGAAGUUGACGUUUAGGGAUUAA